CGCGGCGGGGAGGGACCGACUGGGCGAGUGGAGGCUCCGGCGGUGUCAAUGGCUCCUCCUGCCACGGAGCAGCAGCAGAAGCAGCGGCGACAGGGCUGAGGAGGAGGAGGAGGAACGGUUCCUUUAAGGAGGAGAAACGACGACGCCUCUUUUUCCCCCUAUCUCCUCCCUUCACACUCAUUUCCCCUUCGCCGAGGAGAGAAGGGGGGGAGGAGAGAGAAGAGGCCGAAGAAAGAGAGAAAAAUUCCUCACAGAAAUCUCUUUCAGGGGGUGUGGGGGGGAGGAAGAGGGAAAAAAAAGAGCCAGGCGCCCCCUGCUCCCUCCCUCCCUUCUCUCCCUCUUUUUCUCCCUUCCUCACCCGCCCACCCACUCCCCCCCGCUGCCGGAGACGCCGCUCGCGAGUCGGCGGGACCGGGAUCUGUCUCCUCAGCCGCCGCCGCCGCCGCGCUUCGCCUCGGGAUCCCCAAGCGGCGGACGCCCUUUCUUUCUUUCUCUCGCUCUGCCCGUUUUUCUGCCUUCGUCCCUCGCGGCCGCCCCGCCCGGCGGCCUCGGCCUUCCCCGUGCGUCAGGCCCGCCGGCGUCGCUCGGUCUCCGUCUGUCUAUCCGGGCCUUUCUCCGGACUCGGGGUCCCGCUCGCCCCCUCCGCCCUCAGCGUCUCCCCUUCCCCUCGCCCCCUCUUCUUCCUCCCCCCUUUCCUACUCUCCCCACCCCCUUCUCCUGCCCCAAAGCUCGCUGUGCGUGUGCGUGUGUGUGUCCCUCCGCCAACGCCGCCACCUCAGCCCGGCAAAUGAACUCCGUCCGAGCCGCCAACCGGAGACCCAGGCGAGUGUCGCGGCCGCGCCCGGUGCAGCAACAGCAGCAGCAGCCCCCGCAGCAGCCGCCGCCGCAGCCGCCCCAGCAGCAGCCGCCCCAGCAGCAGCCUCCGCCGCCGCCGCAGCAGCAGCAGCAGCCUCCGCCGCCGCCACCGCCGCCUCCGCCGCUGCCUCAGGAGCGGAACAACGUCGGCGAGCGGGAUGAUGAUGUGCCUGCAGAUAUGGUUGCAGAAGAAUCAGGUCCUGGUGCACAAAAUAGUCCAUACCAACUUCGUAGAAAAACUCUUUUGCCGAAAAGAACAGCGUGUCCCACAAAGAACAGUAUGGAGGGCGCCUCAACUUCAACUACAGAAAACUUUGGUCAUCGUGCAAAACGUGCAAGAGUGUCUGGAAAAUCACAAGAUCUAUCAGCAGCACCUGCUGAACAGUAUCUUCAGGAGAAACUGCCAGAUGAAGUGGUUCUAAAAAUCUUCUCUUACUUGCUGGAACAGGAUCUUUGUAGAGCAGCUUGUGUAUGUAAACGCUUCAGUGAACUUGCUAAUGAUCCAAUUUUGUGGAAACGAUUAUAUAUGGAAGUAUUUGAAUAUACUCGCCCUAUGAUGCAUCCUGAACCUGGUAAAUUCUACCAGAUUAAUCCAGAAGAGUAUGAACAUCCAAAUCCCUGGAAAGAGAGUUUCCAGCAGUUGUAUAAAGGUGCACAUGUAAAGCCAGGAUUUGCUGAACAUUUCUACAGUAACCCUGCAAGAUAUAAAGGAAGAGAAAAUAUGUUGUAUUAUGAUACUAUUGAAGAUGCCCUUGGUGGGGUACAAGAGGCUCAUUUUGAUGGACUUAUCUUUGUUCAUUCUGGAAUAUAUACUGAUGAAUGGAUAUAUAUUGAAUCUCCAAUCACCAUGAUUGGUGCAGCACCUGGGAAAGUGGCAGACAAAGUUAUAAUUGAAAACACUAGAGAUUCAACCUUCGUUUUUAUGGAAGGCUCUGAAGAUGCUUAUGUUGGAUAUAUGACAAUAAGGUUUAACCCUGAUGACAAAUCUGCACAACACCACAAUGCACACCACUGCUUAGAGAUUACAGUAAAUUGUAGCCCUAUUAUUGAUCACUGUAUCAUCCGAAGUACAUGUACAGUUGGUUCUGCAGUAUGUGUUAGUGGUCAAGGAGCAUGUCCCACCAUCAAGCACUGUAACAUCAGCGACUGUGAAAAUGUUGGACUGUAUAUAACAGAUCAUGCACAGGGAAUAUAUGAGGAUAAUGAAAUUUCCAAUAAUGCGUUAGCUGGGAUUUGGGUUAAAAAUCAUGGAAACCCAAUUAUUAGACGGAAUCAUAUUCAUCAUGGACGUGAUGUUGGUGUGUUCACAUUUGAUCAUGGCAUGGGUUACUUUGAAAGUUGCAACAUACACAGAAAUAGGAUAGCAGGCUUUGAAGUAAAAGCCUAUGCUAACCCCACAGUGGUUCGAUGUGAAAUUCACCAUGGGCAGACUGGAGGAAUAUAUGUCCAUGAAAAAGGAAGAGGACAAUUCAUAGAGAAUAAAAUCUAUGCAAACAACUUUGCAGGUGUAUGGAUUACCUCAAAUAGUGACCCAACAAUAAGGGGAAAUUCUAUAUUUAAUGGAAAUCAAGGAGGAGUUUACAUCUUUGGUGAUGGACGAGGCCUUAUUGAAGGAAAUGACAUUUAUGGCAAUGCAUUAGCAGGAAUUCAAAUUAGGACAAACAGUUGUCCAAUUGUUCGGCAUAACAAAAUUCAUGAUGGCCAGCAUGGUGGGAUUUAUGUGCAUGAAAAGGGACAAGGAGUAAUAGAAGAGAAUGAAGUUUAUAGUAACACUCUAGCUGGAGUCUGGGUGACAACUGGCAGCACUCCAGUACUGAGAAGAAACCGGAUACACAGUGGCAAGCAGGUUGGUGUUUAUUUUUAUGACAAUGGACAUGGAGUGCUAGAAGACAAUGAUAUCUAUAAUCAUAUGUAUUCAGGGGUUCAGAUAAGGACUGGAAGCAACCCCAAAAUUAGACGCAACAAAAUCUGGGGAGGACAGAAUGGUGGAAUUCUAGUUUAUAAUUCUGGUCUAGGCUGUAUAGAAGACAAUGAAAUAUUUGACAAUGCAAUGGCUGGAGUCUGGAUUAAGACAGAUAGUAAUCCUACACUAAGAAGAAAUAAAAUCCAUGAUGGAAGAGAUGGUGGCAUCUGUAUAUUUAAUGGGGGUCGAGGUCUCCUUGAAGAAAAUGAUAUUUUCAGGAACGCUCAAGCAGGUGUUCUCAUCAGCACUAAUAGUCAUCCAAUCUUAAGGAAAAACAGAAUAUUUGAUGGAUUUGCUGCAGGUAUUGAAAUUACAAAUCACGCAACUGCAACACUAGAAGGCAAUCAGAUUUUUAACAACCGGUUUGGAGGCUUAUUUUUAGCAUCUGGUGUUAAUGUGACAAUGAAAGAUAACAAAAUAAUGAACAAUCAAGAUGCCAUAGAAAAGGCUGUUAGUAGAGGCCAAUGUUUAUAUAAAAUUUCAAGUUAUACCAGCUAUCCCAUGCAUGAUUUCUACAGAUGUCAUACUUGUAACACCACAGAUCGAAAUGCCAUAUGUGUGAACUGCAUUAAGAAGUGCCAUCAGGGACAUGAUGUAGAGUUUAUUAGACAUGAUAGGUUUUUCUGUGACUGUGGUGCUGGAACACUGUCUAAUCCUUGUACAUUAGCUGGUGAGCCUACACAUGAUACAGAUACACUAUAUGACUCUGCUCCACCCAUAGAAUCUAAUACAUUGCAGCACAACUGAAUUCCUUCCCUAAAG